AGGACAUUCACUUCCGUUUCCUGGAAAUUCAGGAAUUUUUGCUAAAGUACGCUUAGAUUUGAUUUUACAUGAAUAAUGAUUAACAGCGUGAUUAUUUAGUGAUGUAUUUGUACAUGCAAAGUUAGCAAGAUGUCAGGAAAUCCAGAUAUUGCCAAAUUUGUACGUAAGAAAAUUGCACAGGACGAAGUUUGUGAAUGCUGUAUAGAGGGAGUGCUGGUUGUUGACAGUGUUGUGAAGACAAAGAAGUGUAUCAGUCUGAUAGAGAGACAAGGAGACCAUGCGUUGUUUAUAUUUUCAAGUCGGACCAGCCCCUGUUUGUCGGAGAGUGAUUUAAGGUUAGAGCAGGUGUUUCCGGUUGAUUCAGAUCUUAGAUGUGCCUCAGAACCUCCACAGAAAGAUGGUUCCUCUAAUCAAGAAGCGUAUCUGUUGUGGCUGCAGGUAAAGGAUCAGAAGUUUGUUCUUCAAUUUAAGCAGGGAGCAGAGGCUAAAACAUUUGUAGCAGAAUUACAUAAAGCUAUAGCACUUCAGACACAAAAUGCAGGAUUUGGUUUGCCGUCCAGUUUCAGUUGGUUGGAUAAAUAUCGGAAACAGACUGUGACAUCAAGUACUGCUACUUCAGCGGAGGAGAACAAUCCUUUUGCAACGGAUGUUUUUGAUCCAAUUAAACAUAUGAAUCUAGAAAACAACAGCUCCAGACAAACAUCUGGUGGCUUUGAAGAUGAUUUCAGCGCAAUGAGCUCGGACAUGAUCAGUAACAGUUUUAUGCUAAAAAAGAAGUCCUCCAGUAGAGACUCGCUGGAUGAUAUUCUUGGCAGUGAAGCUGGACAUACGUUCACUGAAUCCUUAGACAAGGUAGCAAAACGUCAGUUAAAUCUGAACACAGGAACUGAAAUGGCAGCAGGACUGAAACCAUUAACUGCGAGAGAAACAUUGGUGGAAUACUUGCUGAAAGAGAGACAGUCUGAAUAUGUUGACCUAAAUAAUUUCAGGGUAUUUGUUGGAACGUGGAAUGUGAAUGGCCAAAAUGCAUCUAGUUUAGAAGAAUGGCUGGCAUGUGAUAAAGAUCCACCUGAUAUCUAUGCUGUUGGAUUUCAGGAGUUGGACACUAGCAACCAGGCAUAUAUAUUUAGUGAUUCUGUAAGAGAAGUGCAAUGGCAGGAUGCUGUACAUAAAUACCUUCAUCCGAAAGCCAGGUACCAGAAGGUGAAGUCUAUAAGACUGGUUGGUGUGUUACUCAUUGUUUACAUUAAAGAAAUCCAUGCAGAACAUGUGAAACUGAUAGAUACAGAUUAUGUUCCCACCGGCAUUAUGGGAAUGUUGGGUAACAAGGGUGGUGUUAGUGUCAGGUUGUCUCUACAUGAUACUUCAUUAUGUUUCAUCAACUCUCAUCUAGCAGCACAUCAAGGUGAAUUUGAAAGGAGAAAUCAGGAUACACAAGAUAUUGAAACCAGAAUGAAGUUCAGACAGUUUCUUCCACCACUGACCGUGCAGGAUCACGACAUUGUGUUCUGGAUUGGAGAUCUCAAUUAUCGUAUAGAUAUGGAUAUCAAUGAUGUUAAAGAACUUGUCAGCAGAGGGGCAUUACAUAAACUUUUACCAAAAGAUCAGCUGUAUAGCCAACUAGCCACCAAUGUGGUAUAUAAAACCUACACAGAAGGAGAGAUCAACUUCCUACCAACAUAUAAAUAUGAUCCUGGCACGGAUAACUUUGAUUCAAGUGAAAAAAGUCGAAUACCUGCAUGGUGUGAUCGUAUAUUGUGGAAAGGAAAGGGUUGUCGUCAAAUUAUCUACAGAUCUCAUCCAACGUUAAGAAUAAGUGACCAUAAACCUGUUAGUGCUCUGUUUGAUGCUGGGAUUAAAGUGGUGGAGAGACAUCGCUAUAAGAAAGUGUAUGAAGAUAUCAUGAAGAAACUGGAUAGACUAGAGAAUGACUACCUACCUCAAGUAACUCUAGCACAGAAAGAGUUUGUAUUUAAAGAUGUGAAGUUUGCUCAACCUCAGGAACAGAUUCUGGCAGUCGCUAAUAUUGGACAGGUUCCUGUAACAUAUGAGUUUAUCAAUAAACUGGAUGAAGAUUCCCAUUGUAAACCAUGGUUGAAAGUAAAUCCUGUCCAGGCAGUAAUACCACCAGGGGAUAGUUGUGAGAUCAGCCUAGAGGUGACGGUGGAUAAAACAUUAGCGUACAGAUUUAACUGUGGACAUGAAAAAAUAGAAGAUAUUCUAGUAAUGCAUCUACAUGGUGGCAAAGACUUCUUCAUUCCUAUAACGGGUAACUAUGUUGUGAGUAGUUUUGGUUCCUCUGUAGAAGCACUUGUACAGAUGCAUGGUCCAAUACGAGAGGUUCCCACAGAGCAGCUGGUAGAUCUGGAGCGACCUGGUAGCUUAGACAAUGUAGACAUUUUGAAGGAAGGUGUAAGACUUUAUGCUUGUCCUAAAGAGAUAUUCCGUCUAGUUGACCAUAUAUGGCAAUACGGAAGACACCAGGAAGAUCUAUUUAUGCAGCCAGGUCUCAACACGGAGAUACAUCAAGUCAGGGACUGCCUCGACACUGGAGUACCGGAUAUGUUGCCUGGAAGUAUACAUUCAGUGGUAGAGGCCCUUGUUCUGUUCCUUGAUGCCCUAGCAGAACCUGUCAUUCCAUAUUGCCUGUAUGAAACCUGCUUAGAUUGUGCAAAUAAUUACCUUCUUUGUAAACAGGUGGUAUCUAAAGUGCCAGAUUGUCACAGGAAUGUCUUCAAAUAUCUCUGUGCAUUUCUACGUCAGCUCCUUGAGGAAGCUAAAUUUAAUAAUUUAGAUAUAAAAUACCUAGCCCAGAUGUUCGGGGAUGUAUUUUUACGGCCUCCGCCAGUGAGGAUGUCUAAUGUAUCAAAAAAUGUCCGGCGGCAGCAAGCUAGAUCUGAGGAGAUGAAGAAGGCAGCAUUUCUCUAUCAUUUCCUCGCACAUGAGUAUGAUGAAUAAACAAACACUAUGUGACCUUGACCUUAUCAGAGCUGUGUAUGAAAGCUGGGAAAACAAAGCUGUGAUGCCAAAGCUGGGAUAUCAAAGCCGGGAUAUCAACCAUUGAGAGAUGAGAACUUCCAUUGAGCUGGCAACUAGUAGAUCUAAACUGACAUCUGAGUGGAAAUAUUUCUUUUUGAUUUCUGUGAAAUUUCUGUCAUUUUAUCUUUUGUUUUGGCAUAUCCGCUCAGGAGUAACGUGAUAUGAUAAGAUGUUGUCUAGCAGGAAGAGUAACUUGCUGUGUGCCUAGAUGCAAAACUUGAGACAUUAUGUGUUUAAGGCUUCAGUAUCUUGCAAAGCUGAAAGUUGUACUGCGUGCUGUAAUCUCUAAAUUGUAGAAAUCUGUGGGUUGUACCUCACAGCAAAAUGGUUUAGAAAGGGUCUAUUUUGCCUGACAUUAAAGCAGAAAACAUGAUGAACAUAGAUUUUAAAUUGUCAGUAAAAAGAAAAAUGUUUGUGAUUUCAAGUGUUAUAUUAUUCAGCAUGUUGUUGUGAUUUCCAGUAUAAUUCAGUUAUAUCAUCUGACGUACUGGAUAGCUUGUGGUGCUUUUGGAAUGGUCAUCUAUUGUUAAAAAGUUACACCAGUUAAAAUUAUAAAUUUUUGUAAUUGGCUUUUACCCUGUAUGUGUAGAUUAACAAACAGUGAUUUAUGUCAACAUUUUAGAAUAAUUAGAAAAUAUUCAUAGUACAUGUAUAGUAGGGAUUGUAAAUGGCUUAUGUACAGUCUAAUAUAUAUACAGUCCAAGUUUGUUUGCCAAAAUACCUCCCUUUGCACUAACUUAUUUUUAGGUCCUGGAAUAUUCUCACCUUAGAUCACUUAAACACAUAAGACAGGGAAUGUAGAACCAUAUCAUUUGUCCCAGCAAGUAUAUUGCAGUGUAGAUCACACCUUUUUGCUUGAACAAUCCACAGGGAUGAGUUGAAUCUAUAUUUUUAGCUCAUCAUACAUGAAAGGUUAUGAACAGAACCUACUUUAAGUUUGUUAUAUUGUGCUUUUUAAAAAGAUAUUGCUGUUACAUGGUGUGCAUCAGGAUUACAAAAUGUUCAAUGAGAAAUGGUUGUUAAAAUGGUGUAUGAAAUUUACAUCAAUUUUUAAUCAAGACUGGUAUAAGAUGCAUUAUAAAAUCAGGAAUUGCAACAUAAUUUUAUGUGUAGAAAAUAAAAGUUUUUACAUUAAAGUAUUAAUGAUUGGCGAUGCUUCUCGGACUCUGGUGAGCUUGAUCCAAUGACAUAUUGAAAACCAGCAUACGGCGUAUAACUAAACUACUGAUCAUUCUGUGAUUCAAAUAAAUGUUUAUGAGCCUUUCGAGUUUGAGACACGGAAGUUGGACUGUUAUAGCAAACCACAAGCACUUGGAGAAUAAAUAUCCCAUAAACUAUUUUACAACAUAUAUGAUGAGAUUAUAUAAUUGUUUCAUAACAUUCCAACUUCAAAUGUAAGUUCAAGGUUACUGUGUAUCCAUACAUGUCUGUGUUUUUAGAUGCAGGAAUUCCAUAUCAGUUUGUGAUGUUAUUUUGGUGUUGUCUUUUGUUAUUGUGUAACAGUCUAAUAGUUCAGUGGAACAAGUAUGAGGAACUUAACCUUUAGCCUGCUGGCGGCAAGUGAUUUUGGCUUUGCGAGCAGUGCAGACCAAGAUCAGCCUGCACAACUAUAAGUAAAUUUUUAGUGAACACCCCUUCGAAUAAUUAAUGGUACUGCCCAAAUUGAAUGAUAGAACAGUCCAUUCUAAAAAUUUAGCAGGUUAAAUGUUAAAGAGGGUCCAAGGUUAUAAAACCAGUCUCAGAACUCCGGCAUCUGAUUGGUUGUUUCUAAGCAGUUUUUGAAAUUGACCAAUGGCAAAGCAGCAGUCUUGGACUGGUCUUCAGUCUGAAGUUUAACCUGACCCUGCUAAAUUUUUAAAAUAGACUGAUCUAUCAUUCAAUUUUGACAGUACCUUUUAUUAUUCAAAGGGGUGUUCACUAAAAAUUUACAGACUGAAGAGCGAACAGUGCAGACCAUGAUCAGCCUGCAGGCUGAUCUUGGUCUGCACUUGUCGCAAAGGCACAAUCACUUGCCACCAACAGACUAAAGGUUAAUAACCUUGGAUCCAGAUGUUCUUGUGAUUAUCAUCUUUGUGAAAUGUGGGUCAGGGAGAAUAUCACCUCUGACUGGUAUUUUUUUUCUGAAGAACAUAUUAUCUAGAUUGUAUGUUGAGUAUGAUUGUGCUAAGAAUGAUUGAGAUGAUUGUGUAGAGUGAUUUCAAUCAUGAUAAUAUAAUCUGUAGUGAUUAAAACCAGUGUAAUGUGUUUACACUUCUAUGAUAAGGCCAUGAUAAAUUAAUUCCUAGAUUAUCAUCCAAAUUUUAGAUAAAAAGGGGGCGGUGUGGGGGGGGGGGGGGGGAAUUUUAUUUUUUAUUAGCUCACCUGUCACAAAGUGACAAGGUGAGCUUUUGUGAUCGCGCGGUGUCCGUCGUCCGUGCGUGCGUCCGUAAACUUUUGCUUGUGACCACUCUAGAGGUCACAUUUUUCAGGGGAUCUUUAUGAAAGUUGGUCAGAAUGUUCAUCUUGAUGAUAUCUAGGUCAAGUUCGAAACUGGGUCACGUGCCGUCAAAAACUAGGUCAGUAGGUCUAAAAAUAGAAAAACCUUGUGACCUCUCUAGAGGCCAUAUAUUUCACAAGAUCUUCAUGAAAAUUGGUCAGAAUGUUCACCUUGAUGAUAUCUAGGUCAAGUUCGAAACUGGAUCACGUGCCGUCAAAAACUAGGUCAGUAGGUCUAAAAAUAGAAAAACCUUGUGACCUCUCUAAAGGCCAUAUUUUUCAUGGGAUCUGUAUGAAAGUUGGUCUGAAUGUUCAUCUUGAUGAUAUCUAGGUCAAGAUCGAAACUGGGUCACGUGCGGUCAAAAACUAGGUCAGUAGGUCUAAAAAUAGAAAAACUUUGUGACCUCUCUAGAGGCCAUAUAUUUCAUGAGAUCUUCAUGAAAAUUGGUCAGAAUGUUCAUCUUGAUGAUAUCUAGGUCAAGUUCGAAAGUGGGUCACGUGCCGUCAAAAACUAGGUCAGUAGGUCAAAUAAUAGAAAAACCUUGUGACCUCUCUAGAGGCCAUAUUUUUCAUGGGAUCUGUAUGAAAGUUGGUCUGGAUGUUCAUCUUGAUGAUAUCUAGGUCAAGUUCGAAAGUGGGUCACGUGCCAUCAAAAACUAGGUCAGUAGGUCAAAUAAUAGAAAAACCUUGUGACCUCUCUAAAGGCCAUAUUUUUCAUUGAAUCUGUAUGAAAAUUGGUCUGAAUGUUCAUCUUGAUGAUAUCUAGGUCAAGUUCGAAACGAGGUCAUGUGCGGUCAAAAACUAGGUCAGUAGGUCUAAAAAUAGAAAAACCUUGUGACCUCUCUAGAGGCCAUACUUGUGAAUGGAUCUCCAUAAAAAUUGGUCAGAAUGUUCACCUUGAUGAUAUCUAGGUCAAGUUUGAAACUGGGUCACGUGCUUCAAAAAAACUAGGUCAGUAGGUCAAAUAAUAAAAAACCUUGUGACCUCUCUAGAGGCCAUAUUUUUCAUGGGAUCUGUAUGAAAGUUGGUCUGAAUGUUCAGCUUGAUGAUAUCUAGGUCAGGUUUGAAACUGGGUCAACUGCGGUCAAAAACUAGGUCAGUAGGUCUAAAAUUGUUAAAAUAUUUUGACCUCUGUAGAGGCCAUAUUUUUCAAUGGAUCUUCAUGAAAAUUGAUCUGAAUGUUCACCUUGAUGAUAUCUAGGUCAGUUUCGAAAGUGGGUCACGUGCGGUCAAAAACUAGGCCAGUAGGUAUAAAAAUAGAAAAACCUUGUGACCUCUCUAGAGGCCAUAUUUUUCAUGAGAUCUUCAUGAAAAUUAGUGAGAAUGUUCACCUUGAUGAUAUCUAGGUAAAGUUCAAAACAGGGUCACGUACUUUUGAAAACUAGGUCAAUAGGUCAAAUAAUAGAAAAAACGACGUCAUACUCAAAACUGGGUCAUGUGGGAAGAGGUGAGCGAUUCAGGACCAUCAUGGUCCUCUUGUUUUUAAAACAACUGUACGCAGGGGUUCCAUUUGACCCGGACUUGAGAUUUUGACUCUUGAAAUAAGCAAAAGUGUACAUACAGACUCUUAGGAUUUCAGCUGAAGGGUUCUUUUCAUCAACAUGAGAUUUAUUUCAGUUUAAACUCACAAAAUGAAGCCUUAUAUAUUCAAAAUGACAGCUAUUUAUACAUAAAUUGAACCCCCAGAGUACAAGUCAAGACAAAUGGCAAAAACAGAAUAAAGUAAAAACAGACUUGUAGACUUUCAUUUUUACUCUCAUAUUACCUUUAUCAACAAUUCAACAUUCUAUUUAGGAGCUGGAUCGACCUGCGUCUUUGAUGGGCCCACUUAGUUUCCUCGAAAAUAAAACUAGUAAAAUUAUUUUAUAAUCUGGAUAUCCAAAAUUGUCUGUCCGGAUACUGUUACGCAUUUGUAAACAUUGCCCAUAUCUCCAAUUUAAAGGAUGUGUUUGACAAACUAUGAUGAUGUAAAGACAGUUAAACAGCAUUUAACAGUUAAUAUUAAUAUUUACCUUGACAUCUUCUCUUGCUAAAAUUAUUUAAGAGAAAUGUUUAUCAAAAUCGGCACUGCGGUAAUCUACUUUCAAUUUCAAAAACUUAUAGAAAAAGGCAGGGCCAAUAUAUUUUCUGAUCUAAAUUUGAUUGUAAUUGAUUUUUAUUGAUAUUAGAUACAUGUUUCAGUUGUGACACAUUAAUCAACACCUGGCUUUGUUAUAUCAUGCAAUAAACAACAAUCAGCAGGGGCAAAUAGGUGUGAAAAUAUCCGAAAACUGUUGUUUACAGAUUAUUAGCAAAGAUUAAUUAAUGUCAAGGAUUGAAUCUUUUUUUUCCCGUUGUUUGAUUUUUUUAAAUCUGGAGAUUUGGACUUCUUACCAGGGUGAUCGGGUUUUACAUCUAGAAUCGGGAGAAACCCGACGGCACUGGGAGAGGUGGUACGACUAAAAAUAUUGUUAUAUAUACUUCUUUUAUUAAAUAUUUUUAAUAAAUAGAAAGCAACUGUUUCAAUAUUUCGGAAUCGUAUCGUUCAAAAUGACAUAAGCUUCUCAAUUCAAACCGAUAACAAAAGGUGUGAUAGUCUUUUUGUUAUGAUAAAAAAAACCCAGUAACUAUCGUCAAUUAGCUUGUCACCUGUGUCAAUUUUGUUGUUCACAGUUUGAUCUUGGUUAAAAUAUUCUCCAUUUUUUUAUAAGUAUCCUAAUAUUUGUAAUUUUUAAUAUCUCUUUCAUCAAGGUACUUAUAAAUUUAUUUGAAAUUAAUUUUGUUUGAAAAAAAAAAAAAAGUUUAAACUACUCGAUGUUUUACGGGAACGUAACGGCAGUCUUAGAUUUUAGCGCAGACAGUAAGCGCAGAGAGUAAUUUCCCUUUAUCAAUAGGCGAAUUUGUUUUGGUUUGAAGUUGGAAAGUCGUCUAUACCUGUGUGUCGGGGCUGGUCCCAGGGGUGAAAAAAAUGCAUUAUUUAUGGUAUUUUGCGGCAGCAUUAAAACAAAUAUACGGGACCCUAUCGUGGUUCGUACAUUUUUGUUUUGUUGUUAUUUCUUCGUUUUUUUAGAGAGAGAGAGAAAUAAAAAAGGUCGGAGCGGCUUAAAAAAGAAGGGGCGGGCGGGGAUGAUAAUCUAGGAAUUAAUUUGUUAUGGCCUAAUAUAAAUUUGGAUUAACCUUUACCAUGCUGGACAUGAUUGAUUCUGCUUUUGCGACCAGUGUAGAUCAUGAUCGAUCUGCAGUGUACGCUAUUCAGCCAGUAUCUUUUUGGUAAGCACAUGGUACUGUCCAAAUUGAAAGAUGGACAAGUUCAUUAUAGAAAUUAACCAGGUUAAGGAAGAAAGGUUAUUUCAAAUGAUCACUGUUAAGUUUUAUUUUUUAAUGGUAUUGCUAACCUCUAGUGAAAAUGGUGUUAAUAUUUUUAGCCCUGAUUUCUGUACAGUUAAGCUUUAUCUGUGAUAUACUUUAUUUUGCCUACAGUACUCCUUGCAUUUCCUAUUGAACGUGUAUAUAGGUGGUCAUAUUAUAAAUUAUUAUAGUGCUAUAAGUGUUAUGAGAUAAUAUGAGAUUUUGCUUGAGGUCAAAGUUCUGAUUGGAAAAGUAACAGAAUCUGUCUCGAUACUUUAAUUCUUUGUGAGAUGGUUUCAUGUUGAGGAUAUACAGCUUAUGUUUGACUGUUUUUAUUACACGAAAUAGUGUUGAAACAACAAAAAGCAUAUAUGAUGAACUAUAGACACCCAGUACUUGCUUGCAAAAAUCUGUCAAAAUAGAAAUAAGAAAGUUGUUUUUGCUUGCAUGCUUGUUUGGCUAACUUUGAGAGAUCUAGAACACUACUAGAAUUUUAUUAAACUCCAUACUCAAAGGAAUCCGUACUCAAAUGAAUUAUAUUUGUGUUUGUAAUGCCAAGUUGAUCACUGUGUAAUAUGAGGGCAUUGCAGUACUUUUCAAUAAAGUAAACACAUGAAUUUUGAUCUUGACUUUUUAUGAAGACAAGUUUAUUCAAGAAGCGAGCUGUAUAAUACAUAACUUGGUUAGCUAGCAGCAAAUUCAGAUGCUGUUCCAAGUUUAUUGCGCAAAAGUUUAGUACAAUAUCUGAUCUUACCAGAGGUUUAAAUGGAGUUAUUUGUAAUUAUAGAAUUUAACAUCAUGAGAGUCUGACAGUGAUAACCGCAAUUAUGUAUAUAUUCAAUUAAUCAGUAUUGUGACUGAUUCUUUUAAAUCAUUCUUUUUCUUUGAACAAUUUUCCUCUCACCACUGGGAGCCCAAAUGAUAUUUUGGAUGUAUAAUGUUUUCAAGUUAGGAAGCUCUUAAUUUGUUUGUAGAAUGCCUGAGAUUCCACCAAGAUGCCAGCUUAUACUCGAAAUAAUGUGUGUAAGAAUACCGUGGUCUUUCUGCAUGGAAGUUGCCAUAGAACUUAAAUUGUACCAGUGUGACUGAAAGCCCAACACAAUAAAUCAACUACUUACUGCUGUGUUAAACCAAAAAACUUUCUGUUUUGCAUUUUUCUUUUAUUGUAAUUUGUGAAUUACCCACCUAUUUCAAGUUUAACUUUAUGAUAUUGAUCUUUCAUCUACUUAAUUAUAUUGGAAAGGAAUUAUGAGGUCAUGGGCACAUUUUUGAAUCUCGUCCAUUUUUGUUUCUGUUUUAUUUGUACCAAAGUGAAAGUAUAGCAUUAUAUUGCAUAUUAUUUAUUACGUUUUUAAUAGAUAUUUCUUAAUUUUUCAUUAACUUUCAUUAAAAAGGUUGGCACUUGCAGAAAAAUUUCAUUCACAUUUUUUUACAACAUAAAUUUAUUACUUAACAGUGUAUGAAUAAACCUUAUUGCAAAAAAUACAACAUAUAUUUUUGGGUGCUGUAAAUCACUGUAAAGUAUGGUAGCUACUACAUCGACUUGUGCAAAACUUAAAACUGGUAUAAUGUGUGCUUUUAUCUGUGGCUGAAUGUUAUAAGCAGAUGUAUGUGUUGCUAUAAUGAUUUUAUUUAUUGAUGGUAUUGUUACUUUAUUUUAAUUAUGUGGAUAUCUCAAUAAACAAUAUAAAAACAGA